CGUUGUCACAAUUCACCUCAUGAACUGAUGUGUGGCAUCUUUUGAAUUCCUACGUUGGUCCAAUACUGGGUAAAAUACCGUGUGGCUUGCUCACUUGCCCAGAUCGGGAGACUGCUCACGGGUCGGAUAUUACCCUCCCCUGAAGAAAAAAAAAUGCAGAAGGAAUAAUUGAUGAAGAAAUCGGUUUGAGAAAAAAAGGAAGCAGCGGGCAAGCGUUUUGUCAGCUUUCGAAAUCGCGAAGCCUUGUGGAGCGGGGUGUGUGCAUGUGUGUAUGUAUGUGUAUGUGGAGGCUGCGGCGCCCCGUAGUACAGCACAUCCCUAGUCGGAAGAGCAGCUGGAUUGCUAUUGUCAUCUCUGGCCAGCUGAGAUAAAGCAGCUGCGGCAGCGUCCCUUGGAAAGAAGCAGCAGCCCCGCAUCGAGCCCAUCCAUCUCCCGGCCCCAGCAACCCCGCACUGCCUCCCAGCCGUACCACACUGGGGACUCUGACCUUGGGCUGGCAAGCGACUCGGCUCGCAGGUUUGAUUUUUCUGGAAAAGCGGGGACAACAAAAGGAAAACAAAACAUUUCUCUCUCUGUUUACACUUCAUGGGGAUGUGUUCAAGGCAGGAGAGGAUACAGACAGACAUAGACAGCGUACUCCAGAGGUGCAAGGCGGACAAGGACUGCCUGUUUUCCGAUUUCAGAUAUUCCGAUUCCACAUUCACCUAUACAUAUACAAGAGGCUCGAAAAGGGUGUCUUACUCAGUUCACGUCUCCGAGGAUUAUCCAGACAAUACAUAUGUGUCAAAUUCAGAGAAUGAGGAUGAUGUGUUAGUCACAAGGGACCCCAUUCCAGUUAUUUUCCAAAGAAUAGCAACAGAAUUAAAGUUCAGUAAUGAUGCCACAAGUUGCCUGUCAAUCAGAACAAAGCUGCACAACGAGAGGUGCCAGGAGACCAGGCAUACUUGCACAAUAGAGGAAGAUUCAGAAGGAGACAAUGAUUCAGAGGAAUUUUAUUAUGUUGGUCAGGGAAACUAUGAUGGUGAACUUCAUAAGCAUCCACAGCUCGAAGCUGACCUGGCAGCCGUGAGAGAGAUCUAUGGCCCUGCCGCAGUAUCCCUCAGGGAGUAUGGUGCAAUUGAUGACGUGGACAUUGACUUGCACAUUGAUGUCAGCUUUCUUGAUGAGGAGAUCGCUAUUGCAUGGGAUGUUAUUCGCACAGAACCUGUGAUUGUGCGACUGCAUUGUUCUCUCACGCAGUAUUUAAAUGGUCCAGUUCCAACGGUUGAUGUUUUCCAAACAUCGACAAAGGAUCGGUUUGGAUUGGGGCAUCAAUUGAAAAAAAUCAUGCAGACUUUUGUUACACACCAAUGGAAACAGAAUAGCAAGGAGAAACUCAACUGUCCCCAUGGCAAAAAGAUCAGUGAGAAGAAAGUGAAAUCCCCACUGCACAUAUUUUCAUCUUUGCGCAGGUCGCCAAGUUAUCCUCCACCUGGAUGUGGCAAAAGUAAAUCAAAACUGAAACCGGAACAAGAUGGGAUUCCCAAGUCACAGAAACUGCUAAAGAGGAACUGUUCCAGUACUGGGAAGGUGGAAGAUGGCUGUGAUUCCAAACCUCACAAACCUCUGGGCCGUUCUUUUUCCAGUGAUCCAAGAACUGAUCAGAAUAAUUCAUCAAAGCCACAUAAACUUUUAAGUCGAUCAUGUUCUGCCACCAUGAGGCUGGAUGAAAAUCUUCCCCUGAAGUCCCACAAAUUAUUGAGCAGGACAUGUUCUGGUGACACCAGAUGUGAGCACAAUAGUGCACCCAAGCCACACAAACUGCUGAGCAAGUCUUGUUCCAGCACUCUGAAGCCAGAGGAGACGGAUGGACUGAAACAUCACAAGCUGCUGAGCAGGUCCUACUCCAGCAAUGCCAAAGUGGGUAAAACAGAGUUGUGCAAAGAUCCCACUUCUGAGGGUAGAAGACUCUCACUUACCUCAGGUCUCAUUGGCAUAUUAGCGCCUUCCUCUUCAUCACAGCCCACAUCCGGCUUUAAUGUGAAAACACUAGUAUCAAGGGAGCAUGGGUUUCUAGUUCAGACCAUUGAAUAUGCAGAGCAGCGGAUACCAGUCCUCAACGAAUACUGCGUGGUGUGUGAUGAGCCUCAUGUCUUUCAGAAUGGACCAAUGCUUCGGCCCACUGUAUGCGAACGAGAGCUGUGCGUUUUUGCCUUCCAGACGUUGGGAGUAAUGAAUGAAGCUGCAGAUGAAAUAGCAACUGGAGCCCAGGUGGUGGAUUUGUUGGUGUCGAUGUGCCGAUCUGCUUUGGAGUCUCCGAGAAAAAUGGUCAUUUUUGAGCCAUAUCCAUCUGUGGUGGACCCACUUGAUCAUCGCAGCCUGGCAUUUAACCCGAGGAAAAAAGAUUAUGAGCGGUUAGUUAAAGCACUGGACAGCAUAACAUCCAUCAGGGAAAUGACCCAGGCACCGUACUUGGAAAUCAAGAAACAGAUGGACAAGCAGGAUCCACUGGCACAUCCCCUGUUACAAUGGAUUAUUUCCAGUAACAGAUCCCAUAUUGUAAAAUUACCUGCAAACAGGCAACUAAAAUUCAUGCAUACGCCUCACCAGUUCCUGCUCCUCAGCAGUCCACCGGCCAAAGAAUCCAAUUUCAGGGCAGCAAAGAAACUUUAUGGGAGCACUUUUGCAUUUCAUGGUUCACAUAUAGAGAACUGGCACUCCAUUUUAAGGAAUGGUUUAAUUGUUGCAUCUAACACACGAUUACAGCUACAUGGAGCAGUGUAUGGAAAUGGCAUUUAUCUUAGUCCAUUGUCAAGUAUUUCUUUUGGUUACUCAGGGAUGAAUAAAAAGCAGCAGAAGGUGGCAACCAAGGAUGAACAGCCUUCAAACAAUAAAGCAGCCACUUUACAGUCACAGAAAAAAGGACAGCAACCCCAGUUUUUGCAGAGUCGUAACCUGAAAUGUAUAGCCUUAUGUGAAGUGAUCACUUCACCAGAUUUGCACAAACAUGGAGAAAUUUGGGUAGUUCCACAAACAGAUCACGUCUGCACAAGAUUCUUCUUUGUAUAUGAAGAUGGCCAAGUGGGAGAUAUCAGUACAAACACACAGGAUGCCAGCAUUCAUAAAGAAAUUCUUCGGGUCAUUGGAAACCAGACAGCAACAGGUUAAAAGAAUCACACAUCAUCACUGACUGGAUCAGAAUGCCACGUCUGGCUUUUAAGCUGCAGUGCAGUUUUGAACUAAAAUAUUAAUAACCUAAUUUCAAAUGCACAAGCUAAGAUUUAAAUAACGCACUUUAAUUUCAAGAUUUCUCAUUUGAACCCAAUAUUUUAGUAAAGCUAAGUCCGAAGUUUUGCCAGACAUCGAGUUGGCAUUGUUGUGAUGGGUUUUCCUGGAAAAGUUGUACAGUAUUGUGUAUUGACCCUGAUUUUAUUCGGCUUUGGGAAAUUGAGCAUGAGAUUGGUGCGUUAUGACUGGAUUAUGUUCUGGUGCUGAUUAGUUAAGUUGUGAAUCUUGGCGAAGUGUCGAAUUUGUAAUGAGUGAUACUUAUGGGAUUGCACCCCACUGUAUCUCUAAGUUGCCAUGUAGGAAUGCUGAGGAGGAAAACUCUGCCUCAGGCAUCAGCUGAAUCAAGGAGCUGUUUUGUUCCAUGUUUAUCAGUUGCUCCUCUUUACUCAUAAAUACCACAUAGUUUUAGGAAUGUUGAUAUAGUCCUCUCCCAUUAGGAGUGAGAACUGUGUUAUUUUUUAAAAAGUCAGUCUAUCCUAUACCAGCCAAAUCAUUGUUUUAUUUACAUUUUGAAAAAUAUUAUAAUUGUGAAGACAAAAAGAAAUUUAACAAAAUACUGCCUGGGGUGCUUUGAUUGCAGGCCUUAGUGAAGAAACCCUCCCUUCUGAAGCGCCAUGAUGAUGCCAACUUUUUAUAUAACAAAGCCUUUUUUAAAAACUCUUGGUGGUGAUGGAUAUUGGUGCUGGCAGCCACUACAGAUUCCUUUUAGACCAGAAUAAAAAUUAAAACAAUACCAGAGUCUUGAGAAAUGGUAUCCAAAAUGUACAUUUUUUAAAAAAAUAGAAGUGUAGUGCAGGAUUUCAGCAUAUUGAGACAAUAAAGGAUAGUAAUUUUGAUAUCUGAACUGGUCCAAAAAAAAUAGAACACUGCUUUUUUCUAUAAAAGUGGCACAUUUAUGUUUAAAAUAAGGAUUGGUCUUCAAUUAAAAUAAGGUUGUCACUCCACUGCUGAGUUUUGAAUCUGGUUGAAGUUUUUUUUUUCCCUUUACAGACAGUAUCUACUUUCUGGAUAAAAAUGAUCUACCAACAUUGCUCUGAAACCUUUUAAUUCUGUUGAUAUUGAACUCCCUACUAAUACGAUUUUUAUGUGAAGAGUUACUAGAUUUUGGCAUAUUAUUUCAAAAGAAGAAAAAAAGAUUCUUAGUAACUGUUUUGAACCAAUAUUAUAUAAUCCUUGCAGUGAGUACCCUGGGUACCUUGCAUGUGGGAGUGACCAAAUGGCAUUAGGUCAAUGAUGUCAUCAUUAUAUGACUGAAUACUUGUCUACUGUUUGGAAGAUUUAAUUAUGCACUUAAAGUUAGUAACAUUUGGUAUUUGAUUUACAGCAAAAUCCCCUCUACAAUGUGCCAUUUUACAACGAUAAAAUGAUUUUGUUCUCAGAUUUUAUUUCAAAAGUACCGUAGAAAGCUGAAUUGAGGAGGAAUCCACUUUGGAGAAGGUUAAACAGCCUGUGUUGUUAUAUAUGUUACAAUUUUGCAGAUUGGGGAGCAGUAGUUCAAAGAGAACAUUGCAAUAUCUGUACUUUUCAUAAAGGUCUUGGAAAUUACAGACUUAAUCUAGAUACAAGCACAAAACACUUUACAAUGGUAUUGCUUAUUCCACUCUUCUGUAUCAGAUACAAUUAAAAAUCAGCAUUCAAUUUGAUACUCUUUAAUUACAAAGAGUUUAGAAAUGCAACUUUUCAGACAGAUCAACCAGUUUCAUUCUUUUCGCUCUCUCACGAUAUAUUAAUGGUACUGAUUUCAGCUUAAAAUAAUAAAGAUUAAAAUAUCAGGUAUGAAUGAAGUUUACAAAUCAAACUUUCUUUGGACUUGUUUAAAAUAUAGAAAUCACUUCUUUUAAAUAUCCAUUACAUUAUCAUUGUACACUAUCAUAACAUGUCUUAAGUAUCAGUUAAAGGAAUAAUUUCUGUGACAUAUUUCGGAGUUGAAAGAUGCAGAUUGUAAGCAUGUUUGUAACAAGGUAUGCAAUGUGAACUAACUCUUCAAAAUAGGUAUCAAGUUUUUCAACAUAUAUUCUCUAUUUAUACUUAUUUGACAAAUUUGUGAAGAUUUGAUGAAAGCUCUCGUUUUGGACAUUUGCUGUGUCACCACACCAGAUUUCACUAUUAUGAGGUAUAGUUUGUACUGUCCUUUUAAAAUAUAUUUCUGCUCUGCAUUUUAGCAUCUUUCACUUCUUUGACUAAAUCACAACUUUUGUUCAAUUUCCCUCUACUUAUUUCUAAUAUAAUACCAACCCUGCAUUAAGCCCGGUCUAUAUAUCCACACUGCAGCAUAUAGGUUCCCAGUCACAAUUUGCAAUCCCAGUAAUCAAUGUUGCAUAUUUAGAUUUGUUCAUGAAAAUAAACCAAGGUUUCACAGGUCUAUACUUAAAACAGUUAAAAUAACAAGUUUCACUGAUAUUUUCUAUUAUUUAGAGUAAAUUCAAUUCUAGAUCAAAAAUCAAUUAACAGAUCAAGAUUAUCACACACAGAACUCACCAGAUCAGGUAUCUAUGGAAAGGAAUAAGCAGACAGUAUUUCAAACCAAGACCCUUCAUCAAGACUGAAAAGAAAGGGGGGAGAAGUCAGGAUGAGAAGGUGGGGGCAGGUGAAAUUGUACAAGCUAGAAGGUGAUAGGUUAAACCAUGUAAAGGGGAAGGUAGGUGGAUUGGUUCCACCUGGGUAGCCCCAACCUAACAGCAUGAACAUCAAUUUCUCUAACCUCCAGUAAUUUUGCCUCCUACCCCUUCUUUCUUCUUCCGUUCCCAAUUCUGGCUCCCUUCUCACCUUUUCUUCUUAUUUACCUAUCAGUUCCCUCUGGUGCCCCUCCUCCUUGUCUUUCUCCGAUUGUCCACUCUCCUCACCUAUCAGAUCCCUUCUUCUAUAGCCUUUUACCUUUUCCACCUAUCACAUCCAAGUAUCUCACUUGCCUCUCAUAUGGCUUAACCUGUCACCUUUUGCUUGUUCUCCAUCUCUUGCCCCACUUUCUUAUUCUGGCUCCUUUCCCACUUUUUUACCAGUCCCGUUGAAGGCUCUCAACUCAAAACUUUGACUGUUUAUUCCUCUCCAUAAAUGCUGCCUGACCUACUGAGUUCCUCCAUUUUCUGUGUGCUACUCUGGAUUUCCAGCAUCUGCGGAAUCUCUUGUGUUAAUAGUUCAAGAUGAAUGGAAGUGAAAAUUAGGGAGGAUGAACAGUGUAACGGGAGCUAAAUUGUUAGGUAGUGGUUUUAUUACCCAACCAACCCCCCCCCCCCCCCCACCUUCCUACCAUCUCCAAACUGUAUUUUUACAUUGUAAUAUAUUCUUCGCAUUUUAAUCAGUGUUCAUCCUCCCAAAGUACGAUAAAAUGAUGGUUCUAAAUGGAGUAGCAUGAACAGAAUAUAUGUAUUCUCAUUCAUGGAGCAUCACAGUGAAGUGAAGAGUGUUCUUGACUAGCAUAUUUAUUUUGUACCUUCCCCAGAAAUAAAAAAUCCCUUGGAAGUAUGAUUAUUAACCACUUAAGUAAAUGGUGAAAAUGGCCCUUGUCACAGAUGUAAAUAUCAAUUGUUAUCAGGCCAUGUUUGGUACUUGAGCCAUUUAAAAUAAAAAAGGGGCAUGUGGGAUAUGUUUUCUUGCUCUAAUACUUCUAAUGGCAUUGCCCACUAUAACACCAGAGUCCAUAUUAACAUACUAGACAUGUAUUUGUGAAAGGACUUUCAAUCAUGAACAUAACAUUUGUGAAUGGGUAAAGGUGGUCUUUGGCAAGCAAAGCACAAACCCCAAAGCAUUGACAGUACGAUUGCGUAAGUUAUUAAAGUGAUGUCUUUUGAGAUAAUUUUUUGGAAUGCAUUAUGCAUAUUAGGUUAGCUGUGUGAAUAAUUUUAGCAACAAGCACGGCGUUUGAGCAUACUCUGAAGGAAUGCUAUAUUAUUGGAAGUGUCACCAAUCAGAUGAAAUUUAAAAUUUGCCUGUCCUUUAAAUGAAAAUAGAAGCAAAAUAGUUGCUACAAUGAGAAAAAUCAUGAUUUCCCCCAGUACUGUAAAAUAACAGACCUCCCUACAAAAUACUGCCAAAGCUCAUUGGGUCUGAUACUGCUGGGUGCAGUAUGCAGUUUCAUUCAGAACUCUAUAGAUAUUUAGACUGAAGUCAAUCCCAGGUUUGUGUGCCCAUGCUGUGAAAUACAGAAAUCUGAGACCCACUGACAGAGUUGUGGCAAGCUGAUUUGAUAGAGGUGAAGCUGAAUUAGAAAUCCUGCUGGUUUCAGUACAGUUUACAGUGAGGUUAAAUGGAAGAAAUUAACAUUUUCUAAAAAAAAUUAUAAUAUCUUUUGAUUAUUUUAAGAGCUUUUGAGUUUGUUAAUUAUGUUAAUUUCCAAUGUUUGUUAAUUAAAUUCUUGCGAUUUAUAAAUGUUAGUAUGUCCAAGGCAUCCAUGAAUUAUGAAUAUGUCUUAAUUAUCUUACAGCAGGAAAACUGAUUUCAUAUUUGCCAACAAUCAGGAGUAUUUUUAGGCAUUGCCUGGGACUAUGCCAGAAACAGGCCAGGCACCCCUGAGAUUAUGUGCAGAGGGCCAUCAAGACUGGUUUCUUCUUUGGGACAGAUAAGUGCAAGUAUGCAAUGGUCAUGGGUAGCAGUUCUGGACAGCAAUCCCAGACCAGCACAAUUCUGCCCAUUAACUCAUGGAUUUCUUUCGCCAUGAGUUCAUGUCACUGUCCUUAGUUUGGUUGUCACCCUGCCUAUGAUGCAGUCUCUGCAUUUGAAAAGUAAUUAUAAGCUGGUGAAGCAUUUUGAGAUGUAAUAAGAUCAUAUGAAUACAAGAACAAUUCCUACAAAAGUGCCUCAUUAUAGAGUAAUUGAAGCAUAGAACACAGAAGCAAGACCUUUGGCCCAUAGACGACCAUGACAACUAUGAAGCACCCACAUAAACAUCUCCCGUUUUCCCUCUUGCAUCGCUCUGAACUUCUCGCCCACAACCACCCAUGCCCAUGCCACCACACUUGAUUCAUUUUGUUACCCAUCUGCACUAGAGCCAAUUAAGAGGAACAAGAGGAAACCAGCGCACACAGUGGAAACAUGGGAGAACAUGCUAACUCCACGUAGAUAGCAUCCAUGUUCGAGAUCAAAGCUGGAUCUGAGCUACUGUGCCAACAAUGUUUAAGUCUCUCAAUAAACUUCAUUUCAUAAUUUUAAAGAAUGUGACUUUGUCUCAAGCUAAUAUGUAGAAGACCUUUAUUGUAAAAUUAUGUUUGCCUUGCUGGGCAGCAGGAAAGUACCUGACAAGGAUCAAGGGUUUUGAUGACCAGGAGAGAAUCCAGCAAAAUGGAUGAAUGGAAGCUUCUGCCCAGGUUUGUCCUUAUCAUUGAAAUUGGCAAAUUAUGCCCUCCAGUACAUCCUUUCCUAGACACAUGCAAGCAACAAUUUUCCAAACAUUUCUGUCUGAGAAACUGUCUCUGAUCAAGAAUUCAGUUUAACUAUUCUGUCAUUUGUCAUGCAUAAUAUUCCUACAACUGAAAAACAAUGCCUACUGGGAUGGACUUUGUGGGCUAUGUUCCUCAUCAAGAGCACAAUGCCAAAAGUAAUACACAGUUUUCGCCUGUGCAUUUGUUUCUAAUGGAUGUGUUCAGUAGCAUAUUAUGGGAGGAAACACAGGUAGGAAGCCACAUAUUACGACUUCAUUGUAUAUGCUUCCAGGCAGAAUGGACUUCAAAGGUCUCCAUUUGCUUGGAGCAAUUCUGUUAAGAAUAGAGUCAUAGCUAGGCUUCAUCAUCUUGUUGGGAAGAUCUUUUUUAAUCAGGUUAUUAUUAAUUUUUUUAUCAUAUUUGGCUUUAUAAAGGUGGUGAAUUUUACUUUUGGAAAAUAGUGAUGGCCAUAAAAGAAAAGUGAUUCAGAGUAGUUUUAAGCAAAAUUAAUCUUUCAAAAUAGUAUAGAUUUCCUGAACUUCAUUCUUUAUGAUAUUCUUAAUUUUUGCAUGUAUAUUGAAGCCAACAUCCAUUGCUAUUCUGACAGGCUGCGCUCAAGUUUGAUGAGUUUUUGUUCAUUAAUUUCCAUGGGAACUUCCUUGAGUUCAGAUUUGUGCCCGUUUCAAUCUAGGUUAUCCAUGUCAUAGAGUUUGUCAUUUGGUAGAAGCAACUCCAAGGCUGUCCUGGGUUAGCUGAACAACAGACAUUGGUUCCAAAGUUAGUGGAGCAUCUUAGUUGCUAGUUAUUCCAAACCUGGAUAACUAGGAUGUCUUUGGGGCAAAGAGGGAGAAUCAAUGUCUGGAUGUCUUGGUUUAUAGAUUUCUACCUAAAUUUGCAAAUAGAUCUUUUAG